AUGCAAUACGUCCGGAAUUUGAGCGACUCGGUGUCGACAGCAUGGAACUCGAUCAACCCGGCCACCCUCAGCGGGGCCAUCGAUGUGAUUGUGGUCGAGCAAGAUGACGGCAGCCUGUCGUGUUCUCCAUUCCACGUGCGAUUCGGCAAGUUCUCGCUGUUGCGCCCGUACGAGAAGAAGGUCGAGUUCAAAGUCAAUGGGGUGAAGCAGCCGUACUCGAUGAAACUCGGAGAGGGCGGGGAGGCUUUCUUUGUGUUUGAGACCAGCGAUACCAUCCCAAAGAGCCUGCAGACCUCGCCGUUAGUGUCGCCCGCCUCUAGCCCACCUCUCGAUCCUCAGCAGAGUGGGCAACCGCCAUUACAAGAGCCUGAAUCCCUGGACCUCAACGACCCCGUGGGAAAGUCUCGUUCGGCGAGCUUCACACGGCCACCCCCGACGGUUCUGCAGCCUAUGGGCCGAGACGGCCUGCUUACACCUCGCUCGACAUCCCCAGAGCUCUCCAAAGGCGCUCCCUCUGUCGAGAAUUCUCCCCGGCGCCCCUACAGCGAUGACAUCCUCCGACGAGCCGGGCGGAAGCUGUCGAGUGACCACAGUUCGAGUGACGAUGAUAACCCCUUGUUGCCCGAACAGUCCAUGAGCCCCCCUGCCCUCGCCCCGGAGGAAGCUCUACAGCGGGCUAACAACCUGUCCAAGGAGCUAGCUGCCGUGGGCAUCCCAACACACAUCACCGGAACCGGAGACCUCAUGCUCGACAUGACGAGUUUCAAGAACAGCGACGAGGAUGCCAUCCGAGCAGAAAUACUCGCUCGCAAGGUGCUCUCGGAGGAGCUAGAUGGCAACUACGAUAUUGGCGCUCUGUUUGGCGUCGAUGAGCGGGGGAACCUCUGGAUCUACAGCAGCGAAGAGGCCAAGAGCGAAGCCAUGGCGAGGGCGAUGGAGUCGACAAUGCGCGGGCCGCCGGGCCUGUCUAUCGAUGCCGCAUCCGACCCCGGUUACCAGAGCGACAGCAGCGAUGCGACAGCGUCGCCCACCACGCCGGGCCACCACCGGAGGACCGAGUCGGAUGUCGGACAGAUGACCCUGCAGACCCCUCCCAGCUCGCCCGGAGCCGCGCCCGCAGGCGAUCCUAACAGAAACUACGCCAAGACGCUCCGGCUGACUAGCGACCAGCUCAAAGCCUUAGAUCUGAAACCGGGUGAGAACUCGAUGAGCUUCACGGUGAACAGGGCCACCUGCCAGGCCUACAUGUACCUGUGGAAGCACGAAACGCCCGUGGUGAUCUCAGACAUCGACGGGACCAUCACCAAAUCCGACGCUCUCGGCCAUGUGCUCAACAUGAUCGGACGAGACUGGACCCACGCAGGUGUGGCCAAGCUGUACAACGACAUCGUGGCCAACGGCUACAACAUCAUGUACCUAACCAGCCGGUCCGUCGGGCAGGCCGACAGCACACGGACGUACCUCGCGGGCAUCGUCCAGGACGGUUACCGCCUCCCACGAGGACCAACAAUCCUCUCGCCCGACCGAACAAUGGCCGCCUUACGCCGCGAGAUCUAUCUACGCAAGCCGCACAUCUUCAAAAUGUCAACCCUCCGCGACAUCCGCAGCCUGUACGGGCCGGACCGCACGCCCUUCUCGGCCGGGUUCGGCAACCGGUUCACCGACCAGAUCUCAUAUCGCACCGUCGACGUGCCGCGCACCCGCAUCUUCACCAUCAACUCCAACGCCGAGGUCUCGCUCGACCUGCUCAGCCUCAACCGCAUGAAACUCAGCUACGUCAACAUGAGCGAGGUCGUCGAUCACUACUUCCCGCCCGUCGGGACGCUCGUCAAGGGCGGCGGGGAGGAGUAUACUGACUUCACCUUUUGGCGGGACACGCCGCUGGAGCUAGAUGAGUUUUCCGCGAGUGAUAGCGAGCAUGAAGACGAUGAUGACGAGGUGGAUGACGAUGACGAUAUCGAUGCCCACGGCCCCGAAGAGGAUGAGUAUGAAGAGUAUGCCGAGGAGGGAGACGAGGAAGAAGUCGGCGAGGGUCUGGGGGAGAGCUAUUUCUCGCGCAACUCGGUGGACGAGUACGGCGAAGGCAGCGCCCUGGGCGAGAGUUACGAUGAGGAGCGGAUGAUGAGCUCGACGAUAGAGGACGAAUACGCCGCCGACGACGACGGGCACGCUGUCGAAGAGGAGUUGUAUGUGGAAGAGGGUGCCAAAGGGCAUGAAGAGGGGGACGUGGAGAUUGAUGAGGACGUUGAAGUGAAACUGCCCAUUCCCGGCCGGAAAUCGCCGAACGGCGGCGCUGGGGUCCACGAUGUGGAUGCUGAGCUGAUCACGGGGGUGAAGAACUUGAGGAUGGACAAGAAGUGA